AUGUGGACACUCGUCGGUCUUGGCUCCACGGGCGGGGUCUACGAAUUGGACAGUAACAGUAACACAGUCCUGAAACUGCCUUGGCAAAUCGAUGGCGAUGAAGCAUGGAAUGCAAAGCUAUUGAAGCACUUCGAAAUCGAACAUAAGGUGUAUCGUCUCUUGGGAGAAAACGAGCACAUCCUGCCUUAUUUUGGCCCUGAAAUCCUUGAAAAACGCCAAGGGCUAGUCCUUGCCAAAGCCGAUAGAUCUUUGCAAGAAGUGCUAGACAAAACUUGGAACGCAACGUCGGAUUUUCACAAAAGAUGGUGUGUCGAGGCUGCGAAGGCGGUAGCGUAUAUCCACGAACGCGGCGUCUACCAUUGCGAUCUGCGGCCGGACAACUUCCUAGUGCUAAACAACGUCCUCCAGCUGGGUGACUUCGGUGGAGCUGUCUGUCUUGAGCUCGGACUGGAUGCGAAAAAACUGCCCGACGACGGCUUCUUCAAUUUGAAGCCCGAGGUAACUGCUCACACCGACAUAUUUGCCCUAGGUUCCAUCCUAUAUAGCAUAUUGACCGGACACUGGCCCUUUUGCGGGACUGGUGAGCAUGUUCUACGAACCGAUGUGGCACACGAUGAGGAAUACGGGAAGAUAGUCAAAGACAACUUCGGCAGCGGCAAGUAUCCAGAGGUCGCGACUUUAGAGGCUGGCGGCAUUAUUCUAGGCUGCUGGACAGGCCAGUAUGAUAGUGCUCAAGACAUCGUAGUGGCGCUCGAGAGGGCAUUCAAUGAGUCGGCAGGAUAA